GUGGAAGUUGAAUCCAUGACAAGAUAUGUCUCUCCUAUUAAUCCUGCAAUUUUUCCAUUAUUGGCAGUGGUAUUACUGGGAAUUGGAAUAUUCUUUACAGCAUGGUUUUUUGUAUAUGAAGUUACUAGCACAAAAUUUACAAGGGAUAUGUUCAAAGAAUUAUUAAUUUCUUUAGUGGCAGCAUUAUUUUCUGGUUUUGGUAUAUUAUUUUUACUUCUUUGGGUUGGAAUUUAUAUAUAG